AUGGCGGAAACAAUGUUAGCGUUAGAAAGAGAGGCUGUUAUUCGUCAGCAGAAUGUAGCAGAUAUGAUCGCCAGUGGCGCCUCUAGCGUGGGGAAGUUCUACUCCGGAUCUAAUGUGUUUGUCACCGGGGGCUCCGGCUUCAUCGGGAAACAGCUGCUUGAGAAAUUAUUCAGAUGCUGUAAUGUGAACAAAGUGUAUUUAUUAUUGCGAGCAAAAAAAGGAAAACCCGCGCAGCAGCGCGUUAAACAGAUUCUACAAGACCCUGUAUUUGACAGUUUGCAUAAACAGAAACCAACAUUUCCGGACAGUAUAUUAGCAGUUUCUGGUGACGUCAGCGAAUUGAGACUUGGACUAAGUUCGUCUGAUUGGGAUCUUGUUACGGAACAGGUGAACAUAAUUUUUCAUACGGCAGCUACAGUCAACUUUAACGAGAGUAUGAAAGUUGUUGCAUUCACAAAUGUCAGAGGAACCAGGGAGGUGUUGCGUUUAGCUAAGUGUUGUAAAGAAUUAAGAUCUAUAGUUCACGUAUCAACAGCGUACUCUCACGCCACCAAGGGUCGAGUGGGACAAGCAGUGAAGGAACAGUUCUACGAUAGUCCUGUGCCACCCAAUGCUUUUAUAGAUAUGGCAGAAAAUAUCGAUGAAAAUAAAUUGGAAAAUAUGAUGCAACUUGUGAAGGAGGACUGGCCGAACUCUUAUUCAUUUUCAAAGGCACUCGGGGAAGAGCUUGUACGUUGUGAAGCAGGGAACUUACCUAUCACUAUUGUUAGACCUUCAAUUGUUAUAUCUUCAUAUCGAGAGCCAUUGCCCGGUUGGAUUGAUCCUAUGAACUCAUUGGGCGCUAGCGGACUUAUUUUAGGAUUAAGUACUGGUAUUAUUCACGUGUUGAAAUCGCGUCAAGAUAAUGUACUGAGCCUAGUGCCGGCCGACCUCGUCAUCAACACGAUGCUGGUCGCCGGCUGGGAGACCACCAAAGCGCAGUCUAAGGAAGAAAAUAUUAAAAUUUAUAACGUCACUAACAAUCGGAACUCGAAUAUAUGGUGUAAAUAUUAUUAUUGCUAUUACUAUCAUUAUCAUCUCCGUGGCCUCAUCUCACUCACAUGUAGGCGCACUACGUUCAUAACAGUCAUGUCUUGGCUUUAUUACGCGGAAAUUGAAGAAACGCUGGAUACUUUUGGAAGGAAAAUGAUUUCGUCUCGCGCUGUUUGGUAUUGCUUUUCGAUACAGACGGCAAAUAAGAUAUUGUAUACUUUACUAUUCUGGCUUUUACAUUUCAUACCUGCAUUCAUCGCUGACACAGCUUGCAGAUUAACAAACAGGCGUCCAAUGUUAUUAAGUAUAUAUCAAAAAGUAUACAAGUUAUCAUCGGCGUUGGAAUACUUUAUUCUCAAUGAUUGGAAAUUUCAUGACAACAACACUCUCCAGUUACACAAAAGCAUGUCGAGUAUCGACCGCGAGGUUUUUAACUGCGACAUGGGAAAUUUAGACCGUAAGGAGUAUUUAAAAGUAUGGUUUUAUGGAGUUCGCAAAUACAUCAUUAAGGAGGCAGAUUUUAAAAAUCAAGAGGAAACUGAUAGAAAACAAUUUUGUAUACUACAGUACAUACAACUCAGACACCUUAUUCGAUAA